AUGACAUCUAAACUAUGCUUCCUGCUUUAUUGCCUUGUUAUCUUCUUGUAUGUUUCAUCACCAAAUUGGGUUGCUUUUCCUUUUGCUGCUUCUACUUCUCAUACUGAAACAAAGGCUCUUCUCAAAUGGAAAGCUAGCUUAUUUCCAAAUGAAGCCCUCAAUAACCUCACCUGGUACCCUCCCACUCAUAAUAUUAAUGCCACCAAUUCUUCCAGCACCAAUCCAAAACCAAGAACAAGUCCCUGCACUUGGGGUGGUGUUUCAUGCAACUCAGCUGGAAGUGUCAGCAAGAUAGACCUUUUCAAUAGGGGUUUACAAGGUACGCUACAUGAGUUUUCAUUCUUGUCAUUCCCUAAUCUUGAAUAUCUUAACCUCAGCUUGAACAAACUCUUUGAUGCCAUCCCACCUCAAAUCAGCUACUUCUCCAAACUCCAACAUCUUGAUCUCGCUGGGAAUAACUUGUCUGGGAGAAUUCCACCAGAAAUCGGUCUCCUAAGACAUCUUAGGUUUCUUAGUCUCUUUGCAAAUACAUUUUUUGGGAAUAUUCCAAAUGAGAUAGGAAACCUGAAAUCUCUUGUAUAUCUAGCGUUGUCCUUCAACAAUUUAAGUGGUCCCAUCCCUCCAAAUAUUGUUAACUUAACAAAGCUAAACAGUUUGUACUUGGCUAAGAAUCAACUUUCUGGUUUGAUUCCCAAGGAUAUAGGGAACUUGAAAUCUCUAGUAACUUUGUACUUGGGUAGAAAUCAAAUUUCUGGUUUGAUUCCCAAGGAGAUAGGGAACUUGAAAUCUCUUGUAGAUCUAGUAUUGGCUGAGUGUCAACUCAAUGGUUCAAUUCCAGCCACAUUUGCUAACUUGAGCAACUUGGAGAUCUUAUUUCUACACGAUAACCAACUUUCUGGCUCCAUUCCCCAUGAGUUACAGAAUCUCAAGAAUUUGACUAUAUUGCACUUGGAUACAAACCAAUUGUCUGGUUAUUUGCCCCCAAAUAUCUGCCAAUGUGGAAAACUCACAAACUUUUCAGUACACACAAACAAUUUGAUUGGUCCAAUCCCCAAAAGCUUGAAAAAUUGCCCAGGCUUAGUGAGAGUCCGUCUUGACCAAAACCAAUUGACAGGCAAUAUAUCUGAAGACUUCGGUGUUUAUCCGAAUCUUUAUUUUAUGAAUAUGAGCUACAACAACUUGUAUGGAGAAAUCUCACACAACUGUGGACACUGUCCAAAGCUGAAAACCCUACUAAUGGCAGGAAACAACCUUACUGGUAGCAUCCCACCUGAGAUAGGCAAUGCAACCCAAAUUAAUGUGCUCGACUUUUCUUCAAAUCAUUUAGUUGGGUUGAUCCCAAAAGAAUUUGGGAGGUUGUCUUCAUUGUUGAAGUUGAGGUUGAAUGGAAAUCAACUUUCGGGUUGUAUACCGUCGGAAUUCAAAUCAUUGAAUGAUCUUGAAUAUCUUGACUUGUCAACAAACAAAUUGAAUGAGUCAAUUCCGAGCAUUCUAGGUGACUUGUUCAGAUUGCACUACUUGAAUUUGAGCAACAACAAGUUGGCUCAAGCAAUUCCAUUUCAGUUGGGGAAGUUAGUUCAAUUGAAUGACCUAGAUUUAAGUCAUAACUCUCUUGAAGGUAGUAUACCAUCAGCAAUGAGUAAUAUGGAGAGUUUGGUGAUGCUCAAUCUUUCCCACAACAAUCUUUCAGGUUCCAUAACAUCAAGUUUCGAAGAGAUGCACGGCUUGUUGUACGUUGACAUAUCCUACAAUCACUUGGAAGGUCCCCUUCCCAACAUCAGUGCAUUUCGAGAAGCUCCGCCAGAAAGAUUGAAAGGAAACAAAGGAUUGUGUGGCAAAGUUGGAGCUCUGCUGCCACCUUGCAAUGCACAUGGCUCAAAAAAGGACCACAAGUUAAUAUUCUCUCUCUUAGCGGUAUUUGUAUUUGCACUUGUAUCUGCUUUCUUUACAAUUGUCUAUGUAAUAGUGCAAAGAAAGAAGAAGCAUCAAGAUACUAAACAAAACCACAUGCAUGGAGAAAUUUCCUUUUCGGUUUUAAAUUUUGAUGGAAAAUCAAUGUACGAGGAAAUCAUAAGGGCAACAGAAGAUUUUGAUUCCACAUAUUGCAUUGGGAAGGGAGGACAUGGAAGCGUCUACAGAGUGAAUUUGUCAUCUGGAAACGUAGUGGUCGUGAAGAAACUUCAUUCUCUAUCGGAUGGCGAGAUAGAAUUUCAUAAGGAGUUCUUGAAUGAAGUAAGGGCACUCAGUGAGAUAAGACAUCGGAAUAUUGUGAAGCUUUAUGGUUUCUGUGCACAUAAACGACACUCAUUUUUGGUGUAUGAGUAUAUUGAAAGAGAUAGCUUGGCCACAAUGUUGAGCAAAGAUGAAGAAGCUAAAGAGUUGGGGUGGAGUAAAAGGGUGAAUAUUGUUAAAGGUGUAGCUCAUGCCUUAUUUUACAUGCACCACGAUUGCUUGCCACCGAUUGUACAUCGUGACAUCUCAAGCAAGAACAUUUUGUUGGAUUAUGAAUAUAAGGCCUGUGUUUCAGACUUUGGCACAGCUAAAUUUUUAAAUCCAAACUCAACUAAUUGGACUGCUGCUGCAGGCACACAUGGCUACAUGGCACCAGAGCUUGCUUACACAAUGGAAGUGAAUGAGAACUGCGAUGUUUAUAGCUUUGGUGUGGUCACAUUGGAAAUAAUUAUGGGAAAGCAUCCUGGAGAUCUUUUCUCGUCUUUCUCAUUAGUCUCUUCAUCAUCCUCAUCCUCCUCAUCAUCUGCAUUACCAGCCCAUCAAAUACCAAUUGUGGAUAUUUUGGACCAACACAUUUCCCUUCCUACGCAUCAAGUUGCAAACGAAGUGGUCUCUAUUGUGAAGAUAGCAUUUUCAUGCUUGAAUUCCAGCCCAAAAUCUCGUCCAACAAUGAAACAAGUUUCUCAUUUCCUCUCAACUCAGAUGCUGCAUUUGUCGAGGCCGGUACAUAUGAUGACAUGUGGUGAAUUGCUUGCUCUUGAUCCUUUGGCUACUUGAUCAGAACGUGCUUCUUUGCUACACACAUUUCACUUUCUCUGUGUCUUCUUUUCAGAAGAAAGAUUCUCCAUAGAUGUUUCCUUCUUG